GCGCUGUUGGUAGCAAAGCGGCGGCAAUAACGGAAAUGGCAGUUCAACGUGUGCUUAGUUUGUGUGCAGCGUCGCGGUGAGAAUAUCUAUAGUAAAUUGUCGCGCAAAGAGUAACAAUAAAUAUGUGUACAUAGCUAGUUGUGUGAGAAAGCCGUAUUCAUGUUUAAGCCAAGUAUUAGUCAUGCCAUAUCACAAAGAACGAGUGGCGUAGAUCGGAGCGUUAGUUUUCUUUGUGGUUGAUUAUAAAACGUGUAAAUGCAAUAUAAAUAACUAUAAACAUAUAACAUAUGUGAAUAUAAAUGUAAAUGUAAUGUGUAAGAAAUCACGAAAUAUAAUCUAGACUUUAAAGUUUUUUAAAUAAACACAGCGUUAUACAAAAAUGAAACAGAAGCUGUUGCAUAAAAUCAGUUCACAUAUACGUUUCAGAGCUCCUUGAUUCUCGCCUUUUAUACUUUUUAAUAUGUCGAAGCUGUGCGACGUACAAAUUAAGAGACAACAAAACAGUCGCUUCCCAAGAACCAUAGACAGUCGACAGGAAAUAUUUGGCAAUGACAUACGCGACAGACAAGGGAAAUUGGAUUUAUUUCGCGAAAUGAUUGGAGCCAGCGUUAAUUUGGCGUUACGCGAUAAAUCCUGCUGUAUGGAUACAAAUUUCUUAAACCGUUUUUUAUAUGCGAAGAAAUUCGAUUGUGAGGCAGCUUUAGAUUUACUUAUCAAAUAUUUACUAUUCAAGGAGAAUAAUAAGCACAUUUUGCAAAGACUCAGUAUUUUUGAUGAAAACAUACAGACUUCCUUAAGAGAUGGCAAUCCAUCUGUGCUGAAGCAGCGCGAUCGGAAAGGUCGCAAAGUAUUAACAUUUGCUGCAGCAAAUUGGGACGUAAAUAAAUAUAGUUCGGAUGAUGUCUUCCGCGCAAUGCUUCUAUCGUUGGAUAAAUUGCUGGAAAAUGUGGAGAAUCAAGCACUGGGAUUUGUGGUUAUUGUUGAUUGGACAAAUUUCACAUAUAAACAAUCUACCCAUCUCUCACCGAAACUGCUCAAAUUGAUGAUUGAAUGUCUGCAAAAUUGCAUGCCAGUGAAAUUUAAGGGUAUACAUUUCAUAGGACAGCCCUGGUAUGUUAAUAUCGCAUUAACAGUGAUAAAGCCCUUCCUCAACGACAAAAUAAAAAGACGUCUUCUGGUACAUGGCACUAAUUUGACUACCUUACACAGUAUGGUCAGCAAAUAUAUUUUGCCACCCGAUUUAGGUGGAGAAGGUCCGGCUAUAAAUACAUUAGACUGGUAUCACUAUCUGCUGGAAUCAAGCCAGAAUUGUGAAUUACGAAAAUCGUAUAGACUUAUUGAGGCAACUGUGUAUUCCAAAACUGCGGAUGGGCAAAAACCAGAAUCCGAGAUGGAAGCGAAAAAAAUCGAAUCGAAUGAAAACUUAAUUAAGGAAAUUAACCAAAUCUCUUGACAAUGUAGACUUGUAGUUUUUAUAAUAAAAUAUUUUAACAAUGUA